AUGCUUUCAAUAGCCCUGAUAAUCUGCCUAAUGUGCAACAAUAAGAUCAGUGGUGAAAUUUCAGCUAGAGUCAAGGGUGACUUCAUCCUCGGAGCUUUAUUCAGUGUUCAUGAGCAGCCUAGUGGUAGUAAAGGGACUCUAGUCUGUGGAGCAUUUAGGGAGACGUACGGAAUUCAACGUGUCGAAACUGCUUUGAUAACUCUUGACAAGAUCAACGCUGAUGAUAAGAUUUUAAAUGGUGUCCAAUUAGGGCUCGAAGUUAGAGACUCUUGCUGGUCAGCACCAGUUGCAUUGCAACAAAGCAUCGAGCUCGUUCGAGAUGCAAUUUCGCCAAUUGCAACCCAGCAGCAACUUUUGUCAAAAACUGAUUCCGCAAUAUGUCGAGUGGAUACUAACCAGGUGUGAAAGCAGGCACCUGUGAUCGGAGUUGUAGGGCCUGGAGCCAGUUCUGUUACUCUUCAAGUACAGAAUCUUCUUCAACUUUUUUCUAUUCCCCAGAUAGGAUACUCGGCGACUUCUCGAGAUCUCAGUUACAAAGAUAGAUACUCGACUUUUUUACGGGUCGUACCAUCGGAUCAGUUCCAGGCUCAGCUACUCAUGGAUAUCUUGCGCGCCUUCAAUUGGACCUACGUAUCGAUUGUACACACUGAAGAGAAUUAUGGACAAAGUGGAAUACAGGCAUUUCGUGAAUUAGCAGAGAAGAAUGGAGUUUGUGUGGCGAGAGAAGAUUCAGCCCUAUCAACAUCGAACGAUUCAGUUUUUGAUGGAGUCCUGCGGAAUCUUAAUCAGGAUAGAAAUGCGAACAUCGUGGUUUGCUUUUGUGAAGGGAAGACUAUGAAUGGCCUCUUGAGAGCCUCAAAGCGUUUGAAUAUGACGGGACGCUUUGUAUACAUUGGAAGUGAUGGAUGGGCAGAUCGUGACGAUGUGGUGAAAAACGUGGAGCAAGAAGCCCAGGGAAGUAUUUCCAUUCGCAUUCAUUCACCAUACGAUAGUGAAUUCGACGAUCACUAUUUCUCCCUAAGUCCUUUUAACAACUCUCGUAACCCAUGGUUCGCUGACUUCUGGCAGGACAAGUUCAAUUGCACACUUCCCGACAGACCCACCAAAGACCAAGGCUGGAUUCUCUCCACCACUAAAAUCCCACUGAAUAAGACGAAACCCUGCACUGGAAAUGAAAAAUUAUCAGAUCGAUAUCGUCAGGAUCCGAAAAUGAGUUUCGUGGUCAAAUCAUUUUGGACGAUGGCCUAUGGUCUGGACAGAAUGCUUAAAAAUGUUUGUGGUGAAAAUUACAAAGGUGCUUGUAAAGAAAUAUUCCCCUUCAACGGUACCCUUUUUAUGAGUCACUUAUUGAAUGUUUCAUUCCCUUGGGAGGACGCUAAGGUGGAGUUCGAUAAAAAAGGGGAUCCCCCGGGCAGAUACGAUGUGCUGAACUACCAACUCUUGUCCAAUGGGACUUUCGCCUACGUGCCAAUAGGAGCCUGGAACAAUGGAAGCCUCACGUGGAUACGUGAUCUACAGCCACGUGUUAACCAUAGCGAAAUUGUCACCAGUGUCUGUUCGCCACCAUGUCUUCCGGGACAGUACAAGCAGUAUAAAACAGGUGGCCAAGAGAAAAAAUGCUGUUGGCUCUGCUCAACGUGUGCGGAAAAUGCAUAUUCACUCGAGAAUCAAACUGAAUGCCGUCCUUGUCAAAGUGGAUAUUGGCCAAAUGAAAAUAAAACCGGGUGUGUCAAAAUUCCGGAGGAAUAUAUUUCGUGGGGGGAUGCAGAAGCAGUAGUCGCAAUGACAUCCAGUGCUGUGGGACUGAUGGCAACUUUUGUCACCUGUCAUAUAUUCAUCAGACACAACAAUACACCUGUUGUGAAAGCCAGCACUCGUGAGCUCAGUUAUCUUAUCCUUGCUGGAAUGAGUUUAGCUCACAUCGCAGUUUUUCCCAUUUUAGCAAAACCUGCAAUCAUAUCUUGUACCUUAAGUAGACUGAUGCCGGGAAUUAGUUUCGCGAUGAUAUACGCGAGUUUAUUUACAAAAACUAAUAGAAUAGCGAGGAUAUUGGCCGGCUCAAAAAAACGCUUUCCAAACCGAAAGAAGCUUUUUAUGUCUACUACAGCUCAAGUAGUGAUAACAUGUAUUUUAAUAAUGAUAGAGGUGGCAGUGGUAUCGACGAUGCUCUUGAUAGAUCCUCCAGAGCCACUUUUAGAAUUUCCCGCCACUCAUCGAGCGGUCCUCACCUGUUCAACGACCUACAGGGCUGUUUUAUCUCCUUUCGUUUUUGAUGCCCUAUUGCUAGGCCUUUGUACCCUAUACGCUGUAAAAACUCGCAAUGUUCCAGAAAAUUUCAACGAAGCAAAAUUUAUUGGCUUUGCGAUGUACACCACCUGCGUAAUUUGGGUGGCCUUUGUACCUAUAUAUUUUGGCAGUCAAUCAAAGUUGAAUUUUAAAGAUUUAAAACUAAAUAAGGUGAUAACGAUGUGUAUGUGUGUGACCUUGAGUGCAUCAGUUACACUGAUAUUCCUAUUCCUGCCUAAAUUAUACAUCAUUGUGCUGAGGCCGGAGCGCAAUAAUCGUGCGUUAUUCACAACUACUAAAUCAAUCAGAUGUCACAUAGGGGCUCGUGUCGCAGCGGCUAUAGCAGAACCGCCAGCAAAGCAGGCGAUUUAUCGACUUUCUGGAACCGAUGAAUUAAGAUUUCAAGGUCAGAAAAAUAACGUGCAGAAAAGAACCCUCUCGGUUCAAACCGGAAAGGAACUUUUGAUGGGCUUGUACGAGCCCUCUGAAAAAUUGGGAGCAACAGAAGAGAAAAUCGCAGAAUCGGGAAAUGAGAGGUGCAAGUGUAAUCAGAGGAUAAGCAAAUCCAGUGAGAAUUUACGAGGCUUGAAAGCAGACACGAUCGAUCAGGAUCAUCGGACUUGCAAAAACUCGACGCGCCUUGUUAGUAAGACGAUCAGCUCAGAGUUAAAUCUGAGCUGCUUCGACCGUACCAAUAAAUUGCAAUGCCAACAACAUUUCAAUCUGCCCGAUUGGGCCGAAUUAGAUGCUAAAUCACUCACUAGUGGUCUUCGAAAACGAUCCCUUUCCCCAUCGAAAGCGAGAGGCUGUGAGCCGCCAAUAAAUGCACAAUCAAACUGCCAUCGAGGACUGCCGUCGAUAUACAAUAACGCGGCAAGAAUGAAUGGAGCCGUGAAAAAAAGGAUGAUGGAGAGUGAAACCGAAAUGAUGGUCGUGACGAAUUCAGAGUGCGACACAAAUGCAAGGUUAAUGGAAUUGAAAACACGAAUUCGCGAGGAAAGCGAUCACCUGUCGAGUAGUGGAGAUCCUGUUAUCAAUAUCACGAUUACCCUCGGCUCUGGAUUUCCUAGUCCCCCUAGUCAGCUUCACAAAGAUGGUCUAAGUAGCGUUUCAUUCUAA